AUGUCGACAUCCGGAACGCUGACUAGUUACUACGUCGAUUCCCUCAUUCUGCCCGAGAGCGAGGAGGUCUCCGUGCCGAGGUACUCCUCCGGUCCUGGGCUCCAGCAUGGCAGGCAGCCCGCCUCCAUCGGCGACCACGGCGAGCUCGGGACUUGCACCUUCCCGUCCAAGCCUCCGGUGUUCGGGCCGCCGUGGAGCCACGUCCCGGCGCAGUUCCCGGGAACCUCUGUUUACCAUCACCACUAUGGGCACCCCCAGGGCCCGGUUGGCGCCGAUUCGGACGGGCGAUAUCAGUCGUGGAUGCUGGAGCCCAUGUCCGGUUCCCUGCCCAUGACCGGAUUACCGACCACCCAUCACUACGGAAUCAAACCGGAGGGUCUGGGGACGCGGGCUGAGGGAGCGCUGCCGGGCUCCCACACCGCGCUGCUGCUCUCCGAUUACGCGAACGGCACUCUGGCGACGACAUCACCGGUGGAGAAGGACGCGCUCUCUGGCCAGACUGGGGACAUGAGCGUGGAAGCGGUCGAAGAGAAACCCAUCCUCGAUCCAAAUAACCCAGUGUCCAACUGGCUCCACGCGAGUGCCACGAGAAAAAAACGCUGUCCGUACUCCAAGCAUCAGAUCCUGGAGCUGGAGAAAGAGUUCCUCUUUAACACCUACCUGACCAGGGACCGUAGGUACGAGGUGGCGAGGCAGCUAAACCUCACCGAGAGACAGGUUAAAAUCUGGUUCCAGAACCGCAGGAUGAAGAUGAAGAAGUUUAAUAAAGACGGCCUACCGAAAGACGGGUGA